CUUAGCAGAACACAAAGAUCGUGACGCUCAGAGUUAUUGAAAUUGAUUAUUUGCAUUUUGCGCAUUUGCGUUUUCCGUGGUUACCGAUUCCAAGAUUCCGCGUUAAUAAAAUCGAAGACAAUGUAAUUCUUCUCACAUUUACGCAAAUCGUAGUGACGUGUUUUACGUCAUUAUUUGAUCGUAUUCUUUCAAAGCAAUUCGCGAAUUCUGUUUUCACUGAAUGAAUUAACAAAUUUCUUAUCUGCUUUAUUUGAUUUAAAUUAUUCUUAUCUUACAUUAUUUCGCUUUCAAGUAGCAUUAACGCAAUUAUCUUAAUUUAAGUGUCGAGCUAUAUUUUUUAAUGACGAGGCACGAUGAUAUGUCUUCUAUUCAAGUAAAGCUAAUUCCACUCGAAAUUAACUAAAAUACAAAAAUAGAAAUGUGUAAUUUCAUCAUCAAAGAGCUGGAAAUUCUUCUUAACUACUCGGUAUUAAUUUUUACAGGAAGGGGAAAUCUCGAAAACCACAUUAAUAUGGUAUAUUUCACGGUUCCCUAUAAUUGGCGCUGUCUACCUUGGCGGACGACGCUUUUCGAUGACGAGUGGAAAGCCCGCUGACGCACGAAUUUCAGCUCAGAAUCAGGGAAAACUGUGUUACGCGCAUACAUCGGUCGCACCACUCGAGCGGGACACUCGAAUCGCAAAGAGAUACCCGUAAGGUGAUACGCGUGUCUCUCCGUAUUAAUAUACGCGAGACCCCUCUCAGAGUCUCGUACGUGGGGUAUGCGUGUCCUUCUUGCGGGGGACUCUUGUGUCAUAUAGAGGUGCGAACGGUACACUGGUCCAGUUCUUCGUAAAGCAUCGCCUUCGCGAAACCUUUGCCGAAACCUUCGGAGGUGUUUGUGACGUGAUCAUAUGUGACAUCGGCGCGUCCGAAUCUCGGCUGUGACCAGUGAGUUGAAUGCCAGGCCACACGUGUCCGCAUCAUAUCGGCCGCAAGUAGUACGAUUUUAGUGAUCAUUUAGCAUUUCCGGUGUUUCCGAGAGCAUCCUCAUCCCGCGCGAUCGAGUGUAUGAUACAGAGAAUGGUAAUCCGGAACUUGUUACUCGUCCUACUGUGCGUUUACAAAAGUCGAUCAGAGACGAUAAUAACGGCAUAUAAUGAUGAGUUUGGCCUGACGCCGAUCGACCCAGAGAUCGCCGACGAAGUCGAUUGGGGACGACACGCGUGUCGACGUAUGUGCGAAGAUGACGAGACGCCUUUAAACUGCUAUUACACCUUUAAGUUGGAGUCUUAUCAUGCAAUGAGCAAAGCAUGCUACGACUGUCCGUUCAACAUUACGGACUGCUUUCGGCCGCAUUGUAUUCCAGCGGAUGGCAUAAAGCGGUCUCUUUUAGUCAUAAACCGGCAGAUGCCCGGACUGCCAAUCGAGGUAUGCCAGGGUGACAGGAUAAUAGUCGAUAUGAUCAACUCGUUGCACGCGGAGAGUACCACGAUGCAUUGGCACGGGCAACAUCAUCUCAACUCGCCGUACAUGGAUGGCGUACCCUAUGUAUCGCAAUGUCCGAUCCCUCCCGGAGCGACCUUCCGAUAUAAUUACGUCGCCACCGAAGUGGGCACGCAUUUUUGGCAUUCUCACAUAGGAUUUCAAAGGGGCGAUGGCGUGUUCGGGCCGUUGAUCGUUCGUGCACCGCCCAAAAGUAAUUGGCAUAAAGAUCUUUACGAUUUUGACGAGUACACGGUGGUAGUGGCCGAUUGGGUUCACGAGAUCGGUCUCACCAAGUUCCUGGCGCAUCAUCACGCGGACGGUGACAACAAAGCACCGAACGUGCUGAUAAACGGUUUGGGUCGCUUCAUCGCUCUCGAGGGUGACAACGAGACACUGGCCAACAUGCCUCUCACGACGUUCGUCGUAAAACCGAACUCCCGGUACAGAUUCAGGCUUAUCAACGCGGAGUUUCUGAACUGUCCUAUAGAAGUUUCCGUGGACAAUCACACGUUGCUCGUGAUCAGUUCGGACGGACGUGAUAUCGAACCGGUACAAGCCGAGUCCCUGGUGAGUUACGCCGGCGAGAGAUUCGAUUUCGUAAUAGAGGCAAACCAGCCGGUAGAUAACUACUGGAUGAGAUUUCGCGGACUGAUGGACUGCGACGAGAGAUUUCUGAGCGCUCAUCAGGUCGCGAUACUGCGGUACGAGGGCGCGCCCGAGGAAGAACCGACGGCGGAAGUUACGUAUAAACGUGUGCGAAACGAUUCUUACGGAUUGCAAGUAAACGCUCUGAACGAGGGAACAGAAUCGCAUAAUAGCAUCAGCAUGCCGCUGCUGAAUGCGAUGGACGACGACGAUGCUUCCAACACCAGAGAGCCGGAUUAUCAAUUUUACGUGUCGUAUGACUUUUACAAGAAAGAUAACCCACAUUUUCACCGCAAAAAUCUGUACGGCUUCCACCAAGUGAAGGACACGAAACAGCGAUUGCUCACACCACAACUGAACCACAUAUCGAUGAAGCUGCCAGCCUUUCCGCUUCUGAUUGAGAGAGAUCUAAUCGAGCCGACUCAAUUUUGUAACUCGAGUACAGUCGUAGGAUGCGAGGAUGAUUAUUGUGCUUGCACACACGUACUGCAGGUGAAAACUAACAGCGUAGUGGAACUGGUUCUGGUCGAUGAAGGUGUGCCAUACGACGCAAAUCAUCCGUUUCACCUUCAUGGUUAUCUGUUCCGCGUGGUGGCCAUGAAGAGGAUAGGGAACACCACCACCGUUGACGAAGUGAAGAAACUGGACAGGCAAGGUUUAAUACGCAGGAAACUCGCGCGGGCACCUCUGAAAGACACGGUGACCGUGCCUGACGGUGGUUACACGAUCGUGCGAUUCUACGCAGAUAAUCCAGGGUAUUGGCUGUUCCACUGCCACAUCGAGUUUCACGCAGAAAUAGGAAUGUCGCUGAUCUUCAAGGUGGGCGAGCACGAGGAAAUGCUGCCCGUGCCGCGUAACUUUCCCAGAUGCGGCGACUGGAAACCAACGAACGGUCAGGAAGAGAGCAACUCGGAGACCAGCAUAAUUUCAACGACCGAAAGAGCGGCAUCGAAAAACGAGAGUGUUUCGGACGAGAUGGAUGGGCGAUUUCUCCGAUAUUUGAUGUAUCUCGAGCUGUUUGUGAAGCAACUGCAAUCAUCCUCGGCAUCCAGUUUGAGCGUAACGUGGUUGCUCCUUGUCACGUGUCUCUUGAUCUCUGUGAUUCGCAUACACUUUGAGUCAUUAUGCACGUAGUCCAUGCUGAAAAGUCAAAUUGUGCAAAAAGGCUUACAGCAAUUACUUAAUUACAUAUUUGCCGGCAGGCCUUCUCGCUUUUUGGCGUUAUUAACUUAUAUUUUAUUUUUUUCCUAUGUUCCUCAUAAGAAAUUAUAAAUUGAAUUCUGAGUCAAAUUCUAUCGAAUUAUCGUCUGACGCGUGCUUAAGAAACUUUUGAAUCACUACGCGACAAUCGUGCAAUACGAUAUAAAAAUGUGAUGACAAGUAAGAUAAAGCGAUCGUGUAAAGUAAGUGAGCAUUUAGUCACAAUUAAUUGCCAAGUGUGAAUAUUAAUGUUCACGUGAAAGUAUUAAUAUUUAUAGGGAAUACAUCGUUCGUACCUUUAAGGUAAUUAAGAUAUUUUUAGAUAAUGGUGAAUACAAUAGCGUUAAAUUGACGAAAAUAUAUAUUUGCUAAUAGGGCAGUUAAAGUUUUCUCAGAAAUGCACUUCAUAAUCGCAUACUUAUCUUAAGUGAGUAAGCGAGCGUUACAUUCGUGACUUAUACAACUGUGAUACAAAGGUAUAUUAUAAACAUUUUAUAAUAAUUAUAUUGCACUUUCAAGUGAUGUACACACAACGUGUCCCAUUUCUAUGAUUGCCGCGAGAGAUGCAUUGCUAUGAUCGUUAUAUUAUCAUGACUAUACAUACAUCUGCACAGUGCAGAUAGCGUAAUCGUUAUCAGUGAAAUGAAUGUAUCUGAAUGUAAUGUUUGUGUAACGUAUGCAUUGUACUUUUUAAUCGGACGUAUGUAUGUAUGUAUGCAUAUGUUCAUUAAAACAAAGUAUUAUUAUGUA